GCUCCCGGGUGCUUGGAGUGGAAGCUCUGAAGCUGACACGUCCUCCCGCCCCGUGCGCAGCUGCUCAGUUCCCGCGCGAUGGCUCCGCAGCGGCGAGCGGGUUCCCGCACUCCGGAGAGCGGCGGGGCUGGCGCAGGGGCUCGGGCGGAGGAGCGCCGUCGUCUCAGCAGUGGCAUGAAAGGCAGUGUCCAGAAAGACUCACGCCGGAAGUGGCUGAAAGUAGCAUUCCUCCUGUCAUCUGCCAUGCUCGGCUACCUCCUGAGUGGCAGCUACUUGCUUGGUGAAGACGGAGUUACCGAAGUACUGGCCCAUCAAGGUGAAAGCCUACAAUACAAAUUCAUCGAAGUACCCUGCUCAGAGGACUAUGACAGCCACAAACGUUUUGAAGGCUGCACUCCUCGGAAGUGUGGAAGAGGGAUAACAGAUGCCAUAAUCAGCAGGGAGGAAGCUGAGAGAAUCCGUAGAAUAGCAGAGAAGGGACUCUCCCUUGGAGGAUCAGACGGAGGGGCUUCAAUUCUGGACUUGCACUCUGGAGCUCUUUCUUUGGGGAAGCAUUUUGUUAACAUGUACAGAUACUUCAGUGAUAAAGUCCACGAUACCUUUACGGAAGAAGAUUUUCACUUAUAUCGUGAUGUGAGGCAGAGAAUCCAACAAAAAAUAGCUCUCACUUUUGGUAUCAGCUCCUCUUCCAUGUAUUUGACGAAGCCAACCUUCUUCUCUAGAAUAAACAACUCAGAAGCCAAGACAGCUCACGAUGAAUACUGGCACCCACAUAUUGAUAAAGUGACCUACGGCUCUUUUGACUACACGUCGUUGCUUUACCUCUCCGACUACACAGAAGACUUUGGAGGCGGACGGUUUGUCUUUAUGGAUGAAGGGGCAAAUAGGACUGUAGAACCCCGAACAGGCCGGGUUUCCUUCUUCACUUCUGGCUCUGAGAACCUCCAUCAUGUUGAAAAGGUCCACUGGGGCACCCGUUACGCCAUCACCAUUUCCUUCACCUGCAAUCCUGACCACGGUAUCGGGGAUCCUGUUUUAACAUAAUGGGACAGGUGGCUAGAUGGAUUGACAACAAAAGCCCUGCGCAGAAGGGGGGGGGGAGGUUUAACUUCACAUGUAAAUUCCCCUCCAUAGAUCCUUCUAAACUUUAUUUAAUGUGAGCCAUUUUCUCACACUCAUCUUCCUCUUAAGUGUUGCAAACAGUGCCUUAGGGAUCACCUUUCUAAGUCUCCUGUAACCAUUUUGCUUUUUGCAAGGUAAUAGUCCUAAACUGCCCCCCCUCACCCUACACAUUUAAGGGCAUGUCAGAAUUCAGAGACUGCAGAACAUGCCACAUGCACUGUCAUGCCUCUAACACCGAAGAUCAAAAUGUAGUCACUUCAAAUGUUCCCUUCAGUUGUUGCUCUCAAAAGCACUAUUUGGGGAGUCCCAUGGAAUAGUUUGUGGGCAGAUAAACACUCAGGAACAUGUUGUGAAGGAGGACCUUUCUAAUAAACUUGUUGAGCUUUGUUGCCCUACCCACCUACCCCCCCCCCCCACUCCUCCUUUCUUCUGUUAUAUGUAAAUUCUGGGAAAUAAGUGGGGCAUUCAAUUUGCAGUCUUGAGCAUUCACACAUUUAUACACACUAGAGAACCAUGCUUCAAAUUCUAUGUACACAUAACCCAGAACUACAGAAUUUUAUGGACAUUAUCCAUGUGUCAAGUGUUGUUUUUCUUUAAUGUUACUGCAAUGUUUCUCCUUGGAAACAAAACAUGUGCUUUGACUACUGGAAUGGACUGCUCUGUGCAAAACUGUAUGUGAACUGAGAGGUGGCUUCAAAUGGUCAGAUAGGAGGAGAAUACUCAAGUGAUCUCAGGAUCCAUUAAAGUUUGCUUUGUUAUGAACCCUU